AUGGAACUGUCCAACAAAGCCGCCUACCUUCUCAGCCCUAACAGUCCCCUGAUUGAGGUCAAAUCUGCACCUGUUCCACAACCUGGACCAAAUGAACUACUUAUCAGAACAGAAGCUGUUGCUAUCAACCCAGUCGAUGCUGUCAAACAGUCCAUGGGCAACAUGAUGUUUGAGUGGCUGACAUAUCCUCUCAUUCUCGGUUACGAUGUGGUCGGCAAAGUUGUCAAAGCUGGUACCGACGUUACUCAAUUCAAAGCGGGUGAUAGGAUCGUGGGGCUGGCAGCUGGUAUGGAUAAGCGCGGACGAAGACCUGAUGAAGGCGCUUUCCAACAGCUUGUCGUCAUCAGAGAGCAUUUGGCUGUAAAAGUCCCUGCUGGUAUGAAGAGCGCUGAUGCGAGCGUCUUGCCUCUUACUGCUGUCACCGCUGCGUGUACGCUCUUCCAAAAGGAUCAACUCGCGCUUCGAAUGCCUCAGACCAAGGGCCAUCGCAAACCCACUGGUGAGACAGUCCUGAUUUGGGGAGCUGGCACGAGUGUUGGGAAGAAUGCAGUACAACUUGCUGUGGCGGCUGGCUACGAUGUUGUUGCUACGGCAUCACCCAAGAAUUGGGAUACUAUUCGCGGGCUCGGCGCAUCUUCAGUAUUCGACUAUCGGAGUUCAUCGGCCAUAGACGAUGUAGUGGCAAGUCUGAAGGACAGAAAGUGUGCAGGUGCUGUAGCCAUCGGGCAAGGAUCCCUGGCAAAAUGCGUCGACAUCAUCAAAACAAUACCUGGCGCUGAGAAGAAAGUUGCCCAAGUCAGCCUUGAUAUGCCAGCCUCGCCACCAACAAGCAAGCUAUCCAUGGUUCCUUUCGUCGCAAAGUAUCUCUGGCUGUCUUCAACAAACAGACUGAAGGUCCUGAGCAGCGGAGUGCAAAGCAAGUUCGUUUUUGGGACGGACAUUAUGGAGUGGGAUGUCGGGGGAAAGAUUGCCUCCUUCCUAAGUGAAGCACUAGAGUUUGGGGAGUAUGCUCUGCCUUCAGAAGCUCACACUGUAGGCUCUGGUCUGGAAAGCAUUUCUGAGGCCCUGAAGGAGGUGCGAAAUGAGACGUCUGGAAAGAAAAUUGUAGUUGUAUUAGAAUAA